AUGAAAGAGAUCAUAGGUGGGAAAGGCGGUCCUCAUGAAGAGAAACCCGAAACUGACAACGAAAACCAUGAUAUUAUGGAGGAAGACCAUCAGACUUUAGAUAACCAUGUCAACCAAUAUUUCAGAGAUAUAAAGCAAUUCACUACAACUAGAAGUACGGAAGUAGCUGAUGAAGAUAUAGACGGGACUAAAAAUGGAAACGGAAUUACAGACGUAACUUUUGGUGACGUUGACCUGGACAUCAACUUGAAUAUCGACAGAGCAAUAUCAGAGACAUUUGCUCAUUUGAGUAGUCAGCAUGUGAUGGAUAAGGCCGACGGGACCAAAUUAGGAGACCCUCUGAGAAAUAUUACGGCAGAAAAUGUAUCUAUUACACCAUCUACUAAUCUACCUCAAAAAGUAGUCCGACCGGUUAAUUUGAAUAAACAUAACGAACAUUAUACAAAGCUUUCCGCAAGUUCUGAUAGUAAAAAAGUAUGCAAAUUCUGCGGAAAAACCUUUCAGCAAACAGGGUCACUGGGACGACAUUUAGAUCAUCAGAAGGGUAACGAACUGCACCCGGCAGAAGAAGUUGAGAAGAUUAGGGGUAACGUGGCACGUAGAGGAAACCCUGAAGAGGUUAGGCUGCGAAGACAAAAGAAAGCAAAAGAGUAUAAUAGAAGAGACUAUGUAAAGGAGAAAAAUAGACUCCGAAGAAGAAGAGCCACCUGUAAGUUUAACAGGGAAAAGGAAGCUCAGCAAAUGGCAUUCUACAAAAAUAUCAGCUAUCCAACGCUUCCAUCCCACCCUUCGUUUCCAAGAAUGGUUUUGUUUUUUCUUCCACCUAGUUUAUGGCCUCACGAUCCACCCACUACCCAGACGUAUAAAACUCUAAUGGUGUGGCUUGAAACUAACAAAGACGUUAUGACGAAGAUACCCCACUUGAGUAAUUCGAACACGAUCCAAAGCCAUAUAUCGAAACUAACCAUUGGGUUUGAAAAUUGGCAAACAUUAUCUGCUGAAUCUAAAAAGGAUAUGUGGAACCGUGAGCAAAGAGUUGUAUUACAACAAUUAUUAGGUGAAUUAACAGUAUUUGACUUUGCGAUACGUGACAAAUGGGCUGAACACCUAAUCAAAGAGAAAUUAGAAAUUAACUCCUCAAUCCAAACCAGCCCAGAAGGAUUAGGAUGCAGUCAGCCCAAAUUUGACAAAGAAGAUACACAGUUUAUCGAUGACUCAGAAACUGGGAAUGAGAAACCAAGAAAGCAAGCCAAAAAUUCGGAAUCUCAACCAGUAGUCUCCAUGAUCGAUAGAAUGGCACAUAUGGACGAGAUAGAGGAUAUGGAUAUGGAUCUUCACCACUUCAUGCCUAUUGGUGGUGAUGAUAGCGACGGAAGCCUACAGAAUAAUGGGGAAAAAGAGAACGAGGAGGAUGGUAUUCAGAAUGAUGAUGAUAGCGAUAUUGAUAACAACAAAAUUGGCGAAUCGAUGACAAAAUCUCAUCAAGUCGCUGCAACUGCAAGUUCUGGAAAGAUUAAAUAA